GCCAGUGAUUAUCGAUCCAGCAGAUCCAACAGCAAAUGUGGCCAAAGCCAGUGGAGAAGCUUGGGAUCUACUGGCCAAGAAUGCUUCUUAUUGCCUGAAGCAGUCUUGUUGCAUGAAGGAUGGGGAACCUAUCAAAUCCUGGGAUGUGCAGCCAACCCGAAACAUUGAGGUGACGGUGAAACAACGGACAGGAACACCUGUAGUUAUAUCAUGCAACCCUCUUCAAACUAUCAUGUACAUCAAGAAGAAGAUUGGGAACGAAGGGCAUACUUGUGAGCUAUAUUUGGAGGAACUUGGGCAAGAAAAUGUAGCCUUGCAGAAUGAUAAAAGAUUGGCAGAUUAUGGUAUAUUCUAUGAUACCACCAUCCGGCUACAUCUCAAGAGUAUGAAAAAGAAAAUGAUCAUUUUUGUGCUCUUUUCUCUUUUCUUUCUUUUUCUUUUUUACAUUUAUUUCGUUAAGUUUAAGUAGCUUAGAUAAUAUAUUUAAUAGUGAUAUAAAUUUAUUAUUGUGAAAUGUUUAUUUUAAUUGCACAAUUAACAAUUAUAACCUCCUGUUUCUAUUGUAUAAACAAGCUACUUUUUGUGUUUUAUGUAGUAUUAUUUGUAUUCUAUA